ACAAUAGAAGCGAUCAUGUGAUUCGGAUAAAAAUUCAUGGCGGUCUUUAAUGUACUUUUGAAUUUUCACACUUAAUAAAGAUUUAAUGUUACCUUUUUUCAAUUUUCAUUGAUUGUUUUAUUUAUAUUUAUUUAUUAUCGUAUACGAUUCUAUAAAAAUUAAAAUAAAAAUUUAUAAAGAAGUGCACUUCUGAUUACUUAUUCAGGAUAUUAUGUAUAAAAUAUAAAAUGUACAGAGAGUAAAUUAAAAGAAACAUGAAAAUAUAUAUAUGACAUACGAUGCUUACGUUUUCAAUAUUCUGCGCCGGAACUCUUGCGCGCGCAUAGUAUUGUUAAUGCUGAACGAAUAUUUGUAUAUUGUAACUACAGUGAUUUUUAAUUUAAAAGAAAAAUGAAACUGUUAACACAUAAUAUGUUAACUUCCAAAUGCUUAAAAGGUGUUACUGUAGGUUAUCCUUUAGGGAUCAUCGCAAAAGAUAUCAAAGUAUCAGAAGUAGACUUCAACUCAGAAUUUAUAGCAAGGAUCAUACCAAAAUUGGACUGGAUAACUUUGUGGAAAGCUGCAGAGAGUAUUGGACAUGUUGGUGAACUUCCUCAAAACUUAAUAGAAGAUUAUGAGAAAAAUGAAGACUUCUUAAAAAAAGUACAUCAUGUGCUAUUAGAAGUAGAAGUUAUAAAUGGAGACUUGUUAUGUCCAGAAUCUGGCAGAAAAUUUCCCAUUAAUGAUGGGAUACCAAACAUGCUUUUGAAUGAAGACGAAGUUUAAAUUUUAUAAGACAAUUUAUAAGUCAUAAAAUCAUACAUCAAGACAUGUAUAAAAUUCUUGUAUAUUACCAUAAAUACUGAUAUUUGCAAAUAGAAUAUAAUCUUUAUGUAUUCAAA